CAGCCUCUGCGCUUGGGGCUCUGCUGAGGCUCCGCCCGUGCGGGUGCCUUGUCCCUCCCCGGGCUGGCUAGGGCUGCCGGGCCUGCGGUGCCCAAGCCCUGUGCGCCCAGGCCGCAUGCGGGGAGCCGCGGGGCUGCAGCUCCAGCCACCUCCGGCGCUUGCCCCUGCAUCUUCCCUUCAGUGUAUGGACCUCAGCUGUGGUUUACUUCUUUCUGUGUGAGUUCUGAGAACACCUUCCGCUCUAUAACUCACAGGCUCUGCAGCAGGUAAAGGGCUGCUAGAGAGACAGAGCUUUGCUCUUAGGGUUUCUAGAGCCCAGGGACAAAACUCACAGCUCCUGGACCUGUCAACUCUCUUGUAAUGGAGUUUCCAAGGAAACGCAGAGGCAGAGAUUCCCAGCCACUCCAGUCAGAAUUCAUGACAGACACAACAGUGGAAAGUCUUCCCCAGAAUCCCUUUGCCUCUCUUCUUUCAACAAGAACAGGAGUAUCAGCGCCCAGUGGCAUCAGGGAAGCUCACAGCCAGAUGGAAAAGCGUCGGAGAGACAAGAUGAACCAUCUGAUUCAGAAACUGUCAUCUAUGAUCCCUCCACACAUCCCCACGGCCCACAAACUGGACAAGCUCAGCGUCUUGAGGAGGGCGGUGCAGUACUUGAGGUCUCUGAGAGGCAUGACAGAGCUUUACUUAGGAGAAAACUCUAAACCUUCAUUUAUUCAGGAUAAGGAACUCAGUCACUUAAUCCUCAAGGCAGCAGAAGGCUUCCUGUUUGUGGUUGGAUGCGAAAGAGGGAGAAUUUUUUACGUUUCUAAGUCUGUCUCCAAAACACUGCGUUAUGAUCAGGCUAGCUUGAUAGGACAGAAUUUGUUUGACUUCUUACACCCAAAAGACGUCGCCAAAGUAAAGGAACAACUUUCUUGUGAUGGUUCACCAAGAGAGAAACCUAUAGACACCAAAACCUCUCAGGUUUACAGUCACCCCUACACUGGGCGACCACGCAUGCAUUCUGGCUCCAGACGAUCUUUCUUCUUUAGAAUGAAGAGCUGUACCGUCCCUGUCAAAGAAGAGCAGCCAUGCUCGUCCUGCUCAAAGAAGAAAGACCAUAGAAAAUUCCACACCGUCCAUUGCACUGGAUACUUGAGAAGCUGGCCUCUGAAUGUUGUUGGCAUGGAGAAAGAGUCGGGUGGUGGGAAGGACAGCGGUCCUCUUACCUGCCUUGUGGCUAUGGGACGGUUGCAUCCAUACAUUGUCCCUCAAAAGAGUGGCAAGAUCAACGUGAGACCGGCUGAGUUCAUAACUCGCUUCGCAAUGAACGGGAAAUUCGUCUAUGUUGACCAAAGGGCAACGGCAAUUUUAGGAUACCUGCCUCAGGAACUUUUGGGAACUUCAUGUUAUGAAUAUUUUCAUCAGGAUGACCACAGUAGUUUGACUGACAAGCACAAAGCAGUUCUGCAGAGUAAGGAGAAAAUACUUACAGACUCAUACAAAUUCAGAGUGAAGGAUGGUGCCUUCGUGACUCUGAAGAGUGAGUGGUUCAGCUUCACAAACCCUUGGACCAAAGAGCUGGAGUACAUUGUGUCUGUCAACACAUUGGUUUUGGGGCGCAGUGAGACCAGGCUGUCUUUGCUUCAUUGCGGCGGCAGCAGCCAGUCCUCCGAAGGUAAGACGGAGCUUCAGGUCAGGCGUGGUAACUCAGAUGCAUCAUCCGACUCAUUUAGACAAUCCUGCAUCAAUGUGCCCGGUGUAUCCACGGGGACCGUCCUUGGUGCUGGGAGUAUUGGAACAGAUAUUGCAAAUGAGGUUCUGAGUUUACAGAGAUUACACUCUUCAUCCCCAGAAGAUGCAAGCCCUUCAGAAGAAGUGAGAGAUGACUGCAGUGUAAAUGGUGGGAAUGCCUAUGGGCCUGCAUCCACUAGGGAGCCUUUUGCAGUGAGCCCUUCUGAAACAGAGGUCCUGGAGGCUGCCAGGCAACACCAGAGCACUGAACCCGCCCACCCUCACGGACCACUUCCCGGUGACAGUGCCCAGCUGGGUUUUGAUGUCCUGUGUGACAGUGACAGCAUAGACAUGGCUGCAUUCAUGAAUUACCUCGAAGCAGAGGGGGGCCUGGGUGACCCUGGGGACUUCAGUGACAUCCAGUGGGCACUCUAGCAUUUUGGCUUUGUACUUUAACAUGAGAAUCAUUUCAGAGUGUUUCAUUGACAAAACACUGUACUCUUGAGCACUGUAUUGGUACAUUUUUUAUCUCUUAUUACUAGUCUACUGACUUUUAUAUAUCUGCCCUUUAUUCUCACUGGGAUGUGCGGAGUCACACAUGCUCCUCCAAAGAGAAACAGCCAAGUUUAUCAAUCCCUCUUUACACAGUGAGAAGGCAGCUUGGGGGUCAGGCUGCCAUAUUUUUGCUAAAAUAUUCUGACCAAAAACUGCUACCAACCAUAUUGUUAGGGCUUUUUUUAAAUAUAUAUAUACUUUUGUUUUUGAGUUUGGGAUUUUUGUUUUGUUCUGUCUGUUUUCUGUUUUUGUCUUCAAGACAGGGUUUCUCUGUGUAGCCCUGGCUGUCUUGUAACUCACUCUGUAGACCAGGCUGGCCUUGAACUCAAAGAUCCGCCUGCCUCUUCCUCCCAAGUGUUGAGAUUAAAGCCAUAUAUCACAAUUCCCAGCUUAAAUACAGUCCCUAAAAUCAUGAGGCAAUGAGAAAUCACUUAGAAGCCAACUUUCUUCUAAUAAUUUGGAAUUUAGAAGGCAUUUUUAAAAAGUAACUAACCCAGAGGUAGCUCAAAUGGAGUGUAAGAAUUAGGAUGAUUUAAAAUUCUGGCCCAGGAAUGCAGCUCAGGUGACAGAGUCCUUGCCUAGCACCAAGUCUUGGGUUCAGUUCCUAGCACUGUAAACCAAUUUGGGUGCACACUUUGUAAUCCUGGCACUCAGGAGGAUCAUAAAUUCAAAGCCAGCCUUGGCACAAAGCAGAUUGAAGGUCAGCCUGGGAUUCACGAAACCCUGUCUUUUAAAAUAAAUAAAAAAAGAUUAUUUAAA